GUCACAUCCGCCUGUCGGUCGGUCGGUCACGGGGACGACGCGAGCCGGCGACAAUGACGGGCCGACGUCUAUGACGGUGUCGGGUGGCACCGCGAUCAAGGCCCGACCAUUCCGCCGAUGAGCCGUUCGCGUGCACGGCGACGGGGAAAACGCCCUCUGCCUUCGCGGCGCGUUCCCUGCCUGACCUGACCUUUCGCUGGAGAUAGAAAGAGAGAGAGAGAAAGGGGUGAGGGAGGAAGAGGGAGAGGAAGAGAGAGAGAGAGAGAGAGAGAGAGAGAGAGAGAACAAGGGGAGCCGAACGAGGAGAGGACUCGUGCUCGUGCGAACGCAGGACGUGGCACGCAGGACAACACAGUGCCUAUUGUGCUACCCGUUGACUCGGUACCAUCCUCCGCGGAGCGCCAUCGCCACCGUCGCCAUCGGCUCGGCGACAUGGAGAAUGCGGAGAACCGGAGCGGUGCCGUCGAGAUGUCGCGGAAGAUCUCCGAGACAUGAAGAGAGCGCGAGCGAGGAUCGCAUGGGUUUCUAUAAGUCGGGGCCGGCGGUAGCAGAGCCGUGAUCAAAAUGAACUUGAUAAACAUGGACGCGGAGAACCGCGUGGUUCUGAACGUGGGCGGAAUCCGGCACGAGACGUACAAGGCGACCCUGAAGAAGAUCCCGGCGACGCGGCUCUCGAGACUGACCGAGGCCCUCGCCAACUACGACCCGAUCCUCAACGAGUACUUCUUCGACAGACACCCGGGUGUCUUCGCCCAGGUACUCAACUACUAUCGCACCGGGAAGCUGCACUACCCCACGGAUGUGUGCGGCCCGCUUUUCGAGGAAGAGCUCGAUUUCUGGGGGCUCGACUCGAAUCAGGUCGAGCCCUGCUGCUGGAUGACCUACACGCAGCAUCGGGAUACGCAGGAAACGCUGACGGUCCUCGACAGGCUGGACCUCGACACCGAGAAGCCCACCGAGGAGGAACUGGCCAGGAAAUUCGGUUUCGAGGAGGCGUACUACGAGGGAACCCUCACGUGGUGGCAGAAGCUCAAGCCUCAGAUGUGGUCACUUUUCGAUGAACCCUACUCCUCCGUCGCAGCUAAGAUAAUCAGUAUAGUCUCCGUUUUCUUCAUCUGCGUUUCGAUACUUUCGUUCUGCUUGAAAACCCAUCCGGACAUGCGAGUGCCGGUGAUCCACAAUCGUUCGGUAAAGACUGACAACGUGACGUCCUGGGUGGUGGACAAGACUCGCACCAAUGCCCACGACGUCUUCUUUUACAUCGAAUGCGUCUGUAACGCCUGGUUCACCCUUGAAUUCUUGAUACGUAUCACCGCAAGCCCGAACCGUUGCGACUUCAUCAAGAGCUCGGUGAACCUGAUCGACAUGGUCGCGACCCUGAGCUUCUACGUCGACCUGACGCUGCAGAAGUUCGCGGCCCACCUGGAGAACGCCGAUAUCCUCGAGUUCUUGAGCAUCAUACGCAUAAUGAGACUGUUCAAGCUCACGCGCCAUUCCUCGGGCCUGAAGAUCCUGAUACAGACCUUUCGCGCCUCGGCGAAAGAGCUCACGCUGCUGGUCUUCUUCCUCGUCCUCGGCAUUGUCAUAUUCGCCAGCCUCGUGUACUACGCGGAGCGCACCCAGUACAAUCCGAAGAACGACUUCAAGAGCAUACCCCUUGGUUUGUGGUGGGCCCUGGUGACGAUGACGACCGUCGGUUACGGGGACAUGGUGCCGAAAACGUAUAUCGGGAUGUUCGUCGGCGCCCUUUGCGCACUGGCCGGUGUCCUCACGAUCGCCCUGCCGGUGCCCGUGAUCGUUAGCAACUUUGCGAUGUAUUACAGUCACACGCAGGCGCGAGCCAAGCUACCGAAGAAGAGACGCCGUGUAUUGCCGGUCGAACAGCCACGUGUGAGGGCACCCGGCGCGCCGCCCGGCGUGGCCGGUGGGCCCGGGACCGUCGGGCCCCCAGGCUGCGGUCAGCAAAUGUCGCACUUGCAGUCCUGCGGGGGCGCGGUUACAACUGGGCCCCACGGCCUCGGCAUGGGCCAAACGCCCGGCGUCGGAUGCACUGGCGGCGGCCAAGGACCGCAGAACCGGAGAAUGAACGCCAUUAAGACGAAUCAUCCGAAGGAUCCAUUCGCCACGAAAACAGAGGAAGACCGGAGGAAUUGUAACCUACGAACCAACGGGACCAAGAGAGCCGGAGGUUUGGAUUAACCAUUUGCGGUCGUAGCGUGCUCAGACAUGGGUAUCUCUCACAACUGGUCGGAAUUAUUUUGGAGCGAAUGACGCGGCAUGUACACACCCAUAAUCUAGGAGAUUGCCCUGUGAAAUCCCGUAAAUUCCGUUAGGCAUGCUUUGGCAAAGGGGAAAGAAAGACAAACAAAAAAUGUAAAAAACGAUACCUCGCUGCAUCGAAGCAUCACGGCUUCCGUUGCCCAUUCUCAACGGCUAGGCAAAAAUAAACACUGCCGGCGAAGCGUGGCGGCUGAGACCCCCGACGGCGGGUACAACCGGAACGGUCAAAAAAUUUUGCGGCGCCUGUCACCAGAUACACGACCGCAAAGGGUAUAUAUAUAUUAUUUACCCGAAAUGUAGAAUUAAAAAUGAAAGACGGAACUUCGGUGGACAGCCUCGAACAAUAGGAGUCCCUUAAGGGAAGGGGACGCGACUAAUCGGGAGAUAAACCGCCCCCGAAAGUUCCAUCUUCCGUAAUUUUGACUCUGCGUUUCCAAAUAUAUAUACAACCGCCGGGACGAAGAGGUGCAUGCGAGAAAAUCUCUCGGUUAUAUACCUACCACAAGCCAUCUAUUGAGCGAAAUAAGCAACUUGUGUAGAAAGUCAAGGAGAACUUGUGUAGCAAGUAGAGAGAACUUUCCUCCUUCCUUCGCUUCAUACUUUGUAUUUUUUAAUAUUCAUAAAGGAGAUAAUACAUUUCAUUGAUAGCAAAUAAAUGAAUCGAUGUAUCGACGCUAUAUAUCGUUCAUGAUCGAAGAAUCUUCUCGAGAAAUUCUAUAUAGGUUCUUUCUCCCUUCGUGCUUUGAUGUAGCGAACGCCACGAUUUAUUAAUUUCCGCUAGAGAAAUUUUGUAUUUUUCUAAUUUGUCGUUCCAUCCGCGCUUUCCUCUUAAAUAUUCAACCGCAACAAAUGAUCGCAAUCUCUUUUCUUAGCGGGACGAUAUCGCGCUAAGUAAUUUCGGCUAGAUAUUAUUACGAGUUAGACGGAUUUUUAUAAUAGAGAACGCGAGAGUGUCUUCAAUAUUUAUUCCCCGGUCGGCUUUUUCUUCUUCCUUUCACAAAUUUUGCCUUUAAUUUCGUCUCGUUCCGAGUAUGGCGAUUAAUACGCAAGUGUAAAACGAAAAUAUCCCACAAGAGUGCAGCCGAAUGUCUUAUACCGUCCACCAGACCACCGUGUUUGUGACUCACAUAAACAUCGCAUCACCCAUUGCUUCUAAAUUUAAGAUAGUUGGUGAUCUAAGGUACAUUGUGGCAAAGGAUAUGCUGCGCACAGUAGAAACGGGGACGUAAACUUUAUUACCUUUGAAGCUAUAUACGUUUCCAUUGUCGAUAUCAUCAUCCGGUCUAUACACAUUACCUCGAUUAGGGAAAAAAGAAUCGAUUACUCAUCGCGGAAGAACCUCGUCCUAUCUUCCAGCGAUCUAUAUCGCGCGCCUACAUUAUUUCUAUCGUUAGUGCCAUUCUCGUGGAACUCGUGUAAACGGUAAAUCGAAUCAGCGACAGUGGAAAUUGCAUCCCUACACUGCAGCCCGUUUUAUAUAGCAAAAGAGAUACCGAUAGAUGCACCGUAUCUUUUGGUACACCCCUACCCCUCGGUCGUAGAUUUUCACACCCGUGAAAAUCGUACGUACGACCGUUGUUCGCCGCACGUUUAGCAUGGGAUGUGCUUCGUCCGAUCCUACGAUCCGCGCUGUCACCGCAUAUUUAGCGCGCGCAAAUGCGGCUGUCCGCUCCUCCUCCACAUUGCCGUCGGUGAACUUUUAACUUUGUAUAUUCGGGCAAAAUUCGAGAUCGCGCAGCCACCGUUCGGUAAACGCGGCGCUAAAUGAGUGGUGAAAGUGUGGGACACGAUGGACCCCCGUUAUUGACAUUCGGGAAUCCAGAUGCGAGUCGUACCGCCACUUUUAGUGGUAAUUGCGGUGACGGCGCGGGGACCUGUAUCACUUUUGCGCACCGUGGAUAUCGCCGGGACCAAUCCAUGAGCUCCUCCCUCCCACCCCAGUAUUCGAGAUAUCGCUCGUAAUAUCAGCGGAGGAAGAACAGCACCCCUGUUCUUGUACCUCGCGCGCGGAGUUGUAAUGCAGCGCUCGCCCCCGAUAGCAGCGAAGGAAGAGCAUCUCUUUCCGCGUUAUACAUAUAUUAUCUGUUGUGCCUGGGAACAGGGGGUGGAAGGAAAUGUAGGAAGGGACGACAAAAGCAUAUCAUAUAGGCGCGUGUGCGAUCGAGUGUACGGAUCUCGCGAGCAGUCGACGGACGCACUAUAGACAAUCGUCGCUUCUUCGACAAAAUUAAUCGUAGACUUUUCGGCGUCUCUCUCUUUCUUUUUCUUCUUUUCCCCCCCGGGUGACUCGACACGGAACAGCCGUUUCUCCCUCUGGACCAAAAUUGCGACCGAUUGAUUACAAAUUUAACAACGACCAUAUCUGAACGUCCGCGACGUUUUUUCGUUUCACUUUGAUUCGUGGGCGCGCAUCUCGACGUGGACACGGAAAUAAAUCAUAAACGAUAUUAACGUACUUAUGAGAGUGGAAAGGGAGAAUCUUUUAAGGGGUUUUUAGCCGUUGGAUUAUUAUCCGCUGUGCAAUGCAAAUUUAAUGGAGCCGCAAAUAUUUUGAUCUUACUCAUGUUAUAUUGAAUGACGCAAUAAUCUAUUCGCGUAGUAUAAAAUACAGCUUCGCAUUAUUGGCAUAUACCGAUAAUUUAUUACGCACAAUCGUAACGUUGCUUCUAUACACUAAAAUACGUACCUUACAAUUUACUUCUGUAACUAAGUUUUGUACGGCGCUACGUUACCAAACGCAUUCGUGUAUCGACUACUCGAUCUUACUUAGAAAUUAUUUUUGGCUUCGCAAAAACUGACGAUGGCAUUAGUUGAUAAGAUCAUUUUUUAAUUCAGAAUUGCACGCGCGAAUUUCUACACUGACAAAAAAAAUUUUUAACUAAGUAAAUAGAUUUACUUAAAA